AUGUCGGCAUUUUUACCGCCAGAGUGCCUUCAGGAGAUAUUUUAUUUUUUAAAGGAUGAUAGAAGGUCAUUACAUUCAUGCCUAUUUGUGAAUAAGUUCUGGUGUAGUUGUGUAGUGCCCACGUUGUGGAGUCGUCCUUUCGAACUUGCAAGACGAACGUCAGGUAGACUCAUUGAAACGUAUACCAAAUUCUUCGAUGAAAAAUCCAAAGAGCUCUUAUCAUCUCAUCAUAUCAUCAUUAAACCCACAAUUAAACCGAUUAUAUUCGAUUAUCCAAGAUUUAUUAAGUCCAUCCGAUAUCAUAACGUUUAUGAUUUUAGUUCGGUAUGGUUACAUGAAGCGGAAUGUCGAGGUCAACAAAAACAUUCCUCACCUUUCGAUAGAACUAAUAUAUUAAGAGAAUUCUCAAAAGAAUUAAUCAAAUUAUUCCUUCAUAAUUAUUCUACUGUGGAAGAUUUAUCAUUUAAUGUCAUAAGAUUGCUUGAUGUGCCUGAUUUGUCCGGUAACAAAUUAAUUCAUGGGAUUAGACCACCCAGGGAACCUUCAUAUGUUAUUAGGGUUUUAGAAUAUUUAUCACCGUUUGAAGAAGAUUUGCUUGAUAUACUUAAAAGUUCAAAAUCUUCUUUAACGAAUUUACAAAAAUUAGAACUUGGUGCCAACAAGAAUUAUGGUAACAUCAUGAAAAUGCUUGGAAACGUAACCAAAAAUCUCCAAACUUUGGAAUUUAAAUUCUCGUCAGAGUUAAGGGUUAAUAAUGAGAAAGAAGAUCUAAAGAUAACUGUUACGAUGCAAGAUUUAAUUGAAGAACAAAAUUGUUUAAAGAAAGUUGGCAUAAGUCAAGGAUCUCAUCAUAUCCCGGGAUUAAUUAAAGCGUUAAAGUGUCACGUUAACAAUUUAACGGAAUUAUCAUUUGAUAAAAUUCAUUUCGGUUCGAUUCCAUCGGCGCAAGAGACAUUUGAAACGAUCUCUUCAUGCUAUCAAUUGGAAAAAUUGGUGAUAACGGAUUGUAAAGGAUUAACCGAUGAAGUGAUCGCAUCCUUUAACACCGCGAUAUUUAGAAAUUUGAAAACCUUUAUAUUCACCAGAUUUCAUAAUCCAAUUGAUGAUAUUUUCAGAGCCUUCAUAACGGGAAUACCUCAAGCAGUUAAUGCUAAUCAAGAAACGAUGGAACCAUUAGUCAACUUGAUCUCGAGUACGAAUGAAAGUUUACAAGUUUUACGUUUUGGCAGAAGUUCACUUUAUGGUAGAGAAUUACCGCAUGAUUUUGGCUGGGGUACGAAUUUUCCACCCGAGAGAAUCAUGGAUGUAAUAUCGUUAUCAUGUCCCAACCUAACUUUAUUCGAAAUUCAUAUAAGGAGGAAUAUAUUUCCUCAAGUGUUGAAUCUCCUGAAGUCUACCAAUCAAUUAAGUAGGUUUAUCUUCUCUGCAGAAUUGGAUUUGGUCGACGAAAAAGAUUUUUGGAGGAAUUUAUCAAUGCAUAUACCCGCUCGUUUGCAAGAUUUAACGAUUAGUAUCGGUCCAGUAUUUUGGUUGGUGGUUCUACAUUGGCUAUUCGAAAAUGUGAAAUGUAAUUUGGAAACCUUACAAUUCCCUAUAUCAACUUUUAUCGAUGAUGAAUAUCUUUGCAUCAUUGCUCAAUAUGCCAAAAGAAUGGGUACCAUGAAACGGUUGGCUUUAUCUACCGGUACCAAGAUUACCCCUGAAGGACUUUCUAAUGCUCUUCUUGUAAUUGAAGAUAUUACAAACACUGGUGAAUAUAACAAAUAA